CGCUCCCGCAAUUCCCCUCAUUCCUCGUCGCCUCCUCGACGCUCCGACAUCUCCGUCGCCGGCGUGAACGGAAGACGGCCGGCAGCGAGCCUCCAGCCACCAGCCAUCCGAGAGGUGGCUAUGGAGGUGAAACAAAUCUAUCAUGAGAAGCAGAGGUUACAAUUUUGUCUGUUGCAUGCGCUAAAUAACCUGCUUCAGCUUUGUUGUGAAUCAGGAAAGGACUCAUUCACUCGAGUUGAGUUGGAUGCCAUUGCUGAUAAACUUGUGAUUGAAGAUCCUAACAGGGAUUCAUGGACUCCUCUAUCGAUAAUUUUUAAGCCCCACCAUAACGUGUUGACUGGAAACUAUGAUGUGAAUGUACUCAUCACAGCACUAGAGUCGAGAAGGAAAAGAGUAGUCUGGCAUGAUCAUCGAAAUGGAGCUUCUUCAGUCAACCUCUCUGGAGAAACUUUGAUGGGAAUCAUGCUUAACAUUCCUGUCAGGAAGUUUGGUGGACUUUGGAGGGGUAGGCAUUGGGUUGCAUUGCGAAGCAUUGGUGGUGUUUGGUAUAACCUUGACAGUGAUCUUUCUUCACCCCAGCCAUUUCAGCGCGAGGAAGAAGUAAAACAGUUCUUGGAUAACGUAAUCAGUCAGGGUGGAGAAUUGUUGCUUGUGUUGAAUGACAGAGUCUGAGGAAUACUUUCGCAAUCACAGUUGUUGAAAUCAAACCCAUGAUCAGUUACAUCUUUGAAAUCAUGGCAUUAUUUCAGAAGAGAAUGAAAAGAGGCAUUCUGAAAAGCUUGGUCUGUUUGUUGUGUUUCAUCCCUAUUUUGUGCCUGCUGCUUUUAAUUAAUUUGGGCCUUCCUGAGGUGUCUAUGGACAAUAGCAUCAAGAGGUCUUGCAAGACUUUGUUACCUUGGAAGAGUUCAGAGGAGGUGAAACUAGGAGAGCUUGGGGAGAUGAUGGUUGCAAUGCUGCCCAGUGAUCUUCCCUUCACCAUUUUUGUCCCAUCAGAAGAAGCGUUUGAACAUGUUCUAAAACUGAGAGCCAGCGAUAGCUUAACUGAACAGAAGAUGAAUGAUACAUAUGCCACUGUCUCUCGCGUAAUGGGUUUUUCUGCAGUUCCUCAGCAUCUACCUUCUGGAGCAGUACCUUUGCACAAAGAAAUAUCUUUUGAUUCUAUAUCUGGAUUCAGAUUAUAUGCUUGGAAGGAUGUUAAAGGAACUCUGGUUGUUAAUGGGGUCAGAUCAGAAUGUGUUGAUGUCCGAAAAGCUGAGAUUAUUGUGC